AUGAACGACAAACGGGAAUCUUUUACUUUUUGUCAUCGGUAUGCACAAUAUGAGAAUAUACCGGGUUGCAUACCACAAGUUCCACUUCCCUCACGGGAACGUGCUUCGACGAGCCUUCACAUCUCAGGGACCCUCAAUGUGAUGGUUGCCUGUGGACCGUACACCUUGUCCGAAUCAAACGAUCCAUCUCUUUUGCUGACGUUAUUACGUGCUGUGAAGAAGAAUCGACCGCAUGUCCUCAUUAUGAUUGGCCCGUUCGUCGACUGCCAACACUCAGCUGUACAAGCCUAUCACGAUUCCACUUACGAGGAGCUUUUCCACACCCGAAUCAAUUCAGUGGCAGAAUACUGUAGUCAUCUGGAUGUUCACUUGGUGAUUGUUCCUUCGUGGCGCGAAAUGCAUCAUGAUCCCGUCUAUCCGACACCCCCGUUCGAUCAGUCCUGGACACAACAGACACCGGAACUUCUUGCGACAAAUACACUCAUAUCCAAAUCAAUUUGGUUUUCACGGGAGACUCAAGUGAAUCUCUCGUUCAUGAUGUUCUGCAACUCAAUGUGGUGCACACAGGCUGCCUUAUGUUUCAGUUGGUACGAUACUCGAAAUAUCGCAGAUGUCAAAGGUGUCCUGUGCAUCAAUCCGGGACACGUGUCACGUGGCCAGUCGUCUGGCAGUUAUGCCGUUCUGACCAUCCACAAGGAACCACUGGAUGUGGCGGGAGAAACUGAUCCAAAGCAGCAGAUUUCAACGCCACUGAGCAUAGCUCGGCGCGCUUCAGCGGCAGUGAUGCGUGAGCGCGAAUUUACUGACCGGAAGGUCCGUGGUUCGAACCUGACCUCUGCCUGUCGAAUUCCCCUGUCUAGGCUUGGGCGACCUGGCAGUAUCCCACCCCUCGUGCCUCCGUCCGGAAUGGCAGCUAAGCGCCGAAAGGGUGCUGCAGCUGAACGAUUUUUUUUUAACGCGUUUUGGAUUUCCCUCACCGUUGCGGUGGUCGUGAUCGAUGAACUAAUGAGACGAACACUGGAGGGUCUCCAAAACCCUGGUGUUCAAAUAGCCUGUGAAGACAACCUUGUCGAUCUGGAAUAUGCAGACGCCAUC